AUGGAAAGUAACAAUUCCGGUCGUUCACGUCCGUUAAGUUUACCAAAGUCUCCAAAACGAGGAAGAAAUUUAUUGCUUCCUAAGAUAGAACAAACUCGCAAACUUAUAAACCAAAUAUUACUUAAGCUAAAGAAAAGGAAGAAACCACCUUCUCCUUUUCAAAAUUUGGUUGGUUUACCAUUAAAUGAAGAUAAUCCAAAUUUGCAAAAUGUAUUUAAUGCCGAUGAUACUUGCGAUUUAUUAAUUCAACUUAGAGAUGUAUUAUUGGUUUGUGAAAUGGAUGGAAUUAAUUUUGGUGAUAGGCGAGUCUUUAUUUGA